CAGAAACUCAACUCUCAAGCAACUAGUCCGUUCCGUAGCUAAUAAAUCCACUUCCGUAAGAAGACUCGGAAAGAACACCAAUACCUUGUUCGGAUCUUUAAGAGUGGCUUGCACUCAUUCCAUGACACCAUCAGCAGUAUCAUCAUCAUCAUGUUUUAAAACCUUCUCAACAAGUAUGCGUACUCUUGCUGAUGAAACUGUUGAAGCCCAACAUGUUUCUGAACGUUCCGAUGUUAUUAUUGAAGCUGAUGAAAAUUUUAGAGCAUUUAUUGAUUCUGGAGAGCCAAUUAUUGUUGAUUUCUAUGCUGAUUGGUGUGGCCCUUGUAAACAAUUAGGACCUCUUUUGGAAAAGCAUACAUUGAAACAUAAUGGAGCUUUUAAAUUGAUUAAAGUUAAUGUUGAUAAUCAACCACAAAUUGCUGAAGCUUUCCGAGUUCAAGAUAUUCCACACGUAUUAUUUAUUAUGGAUAAACAAUUGGUUGACCAAUUCAAGGGAGCCAUUCCUGCAGAUCAUGUCGAAAAAACUUUGGAAAACUUUGCUAAUGUAGCAAGAAAUAGAGCCGCCAAUCAAAGUGGACAAUCUAAUGAGGAACAACCACCACAAGUUGAUGCUGAUUCUCCAGAAUAUUUGAUUUCAAUUGCUGGUCAAUUGAUGGCUAAGGGAGAAUUGGAAGAAGCAUCAAAAGUAUAUAGUCAAGUUGUUGAAAAGGCUGUUGAUAAGGAAAUGCCAGACUAUGCAGCAAAGGGUCUUGCAGGAUUAUUGACCAUUUCAAUUGCUCAAUACAAGAUGGAUGCUGCCAAGUCAAUUAUUUCCAGAUUGAACAAGGACCAUGGUGAAUUAAUCAAGACUGAUAAGGAAAUUGUUGCUGCCAUUUCACUUUAUGAAUGUUAUAAGGAAGCAGGUGAACAAGUUGUUAAGGCCAUUCAUGAAGGAAAGACAAUUAAUGAAAUUCAAGGAAAUAAGGAAAGAGUUCUCUACCUCUACUUGACAGGACAACAAAAGGAAGCUCUCGAAGCAGGUAUUGCACUUUUAAAGAAGAGUGACACAAAGAAUGAAGGAAGAACUGCUCUUGUUCACAUUUUGAACUGUUUGGAAAAUCAAGAAGCAAACAAGAAACUCGUCAGUGAUACAAGAAAGAGAAUGGCCAGCUUGUUAUUCUAAAUUGUCUUAUUAAAUUAACAAUUAUUGAUU